AUCUUUAUAUACCGGACUUGUGUCAAAUACGGUGUAAGACUGUACAGAAAUAUCGAGUGACUUCGUAAAACGCUACUUCGACCGACACGAGACGAAAGUUUUAAUGUUUUGUGAAUGGAGAGUGUGCCGGGAAUUGUUUAUUUAUAACUGUUUCGUCCUGUUUAAUUAAGAUAUGACAAAAAAAUGAGGGCUAUUGAUGAAAUGGAACAAAGGGAUCUCCCACAGGCAUUUCGCCUGCUUGGGGAGAUGAAUGCCAAUGUUCUACAAGUGAACCAACUUGUAGACAACAUGCUGGUUCGUGUAAGAAAUGGGGAGAUUUCCACAGACAAGGGUCUUAGUUUCCUAGAAAUGAAAUAUCAUAUGUUACUUUCUUAUCUGAUUAACUUGACUUAUAUAGUUUUAAGAAAAUGUUCAGGGGAACGUAUAGAGGGAGAUCCAUCGAUUGAUCGUUUAAUUGAAAUCAGAACUGUCCUAGAGAAAAUCCGACCAAUAGAUCACAAACUUAAAUAUCAAAUAGAUAAGCUUGUUAAGACUGCUGUAACUGGCACUAUUAACAGUGAUGAUCCGACUAAUUUUAAAGCAAAUCCUGAUGCAUUAGUUGGCAAGAUUGAUAGUAAUGAUGAUGAAUCUGAUAGUGAUCAGGAUGGUGAAAUGGAUGGUUUGAAAUCAACACAAUCUAGGAAGUCCAAUAUUUAUGUACCACCGAAACUUGCUGCAGUACACUAUGAUGGAGAUGAGACAGUUGCAGAGAAAAUGCGUAAAGCAGGUGAAAGAGCACGCAGACGCGCAGUCUCGGGUGCUGUUCUGAGAGAAUUAAAGGAAGAAUAUUUAGAUGCACCUAUCGAAGAUUCUCACGGUCUCAGUGAGAAACAAAUUAGUCUGGGUCGCGAAAAUAAGCGAAAGAUAGAGUACGAAGAAACAUACAUGACACGUUUGCCAGUUACUAAACAAGAAAAGCACAGACGUCGUAUGAUGACAACAGUCGGCACACUUGGGGAAGAGAUUACAUCUUUUGGAGAAUCAUCAGCUGUGUCUGCUAAGAAGAGGAAAACUCAGAAAAAGGGCAAAGCUAAAAGAAGUUUCAAGAAAAAACGGCAUCAUUAAAUCAGCGUCAUAACAAGUUUAAAAAGCUGAAUUUCGUACAGCAUUAAUAAUUAAGGUAAAAUGCAAAAAAAUUUACUUCAAUUCUUCUUGACAAAAGCAGAUGCCAUUAAUACUCGUUAAUAAGUUAAGCUAAAUAACUCAUAACAUCUAGUAAUUAAAGAGAAAAAAGCAACCGUCGACGGUGAAGUAAAAUAGCACGAUGGUAAUUUAUUACUGCGUAAGACAUACUAAUGGUCGUGUAAUUGAUAAUUAUAGUUAAUAAUGAUUUUAAUCUUUAAUUGUUGUCUGAAAUCAAUUUUUAUCUAUGGAGUUGAAAUAUUCCAUGAAUCGCAAGAAAAUAUUCCAGUAUAUGAAGAGAUAAUGUCAAGGUACAUACGAGCUUAACUUAUAAAAAAAAAAGUAAAUUACGUGUAACCGUGACACAAUUAAUCAAAUAAUGGAUUUCGGCUCCAAGAUUUAAAAUUGUAAGUUUAACGUAAAAGUUGAAGGCAGAAGAUCUUUCUGCUUUAUUUUGAGAUAUUCUCCAGCUAUAAAAGAGAGAUAAAAAAAACCGGUAACGUAGCAGGAGGGAUGAUAUUGAAUUAAUUGUUACAGAAGCGUAAAAAUCACAAGACAUUCAGUGCAAGCAUUAGAAAAAUUUAAACUUUAAUAAGGGACAAGUGACUCUAGAAAU